AACCAAAUAAGUAAUGAGACAAGAUGCUAAUAAAACUAUCACUUAGCGUCUUAUUUAGUUUAUGGAAGAGUAGAUUGCGGUGAUAAUUUAAACGUGCAAUGUUAUUACACGUAUUUUGUACAAUUGAGUUAAAGGAAAUUAGAAGAACAUUAAACAUAUUGUAGACUUAGUAUGUGAUUUGUAGUAUGUGUCUAUUGUACAUUUUAUGAUAGUAAUCAGUUGUUUGAAUCUUUUAGUACACAGUGUAAACAUAUAUCGGUUCACCAAAGCAAGUUUUAACUAUCAUUAAUGCUCUCUACUAGGGCCUAUUAAUUAUAGUGAAGCUGUCAUGAAGUAAAAUUAAAGGAUGAUGAUGGGCGAUCAGUUUCGUAGCAAAGUGGAGCAAUACUCACCAAAGUCAUCACCCAGGGGUGCACGAUCCCCUGUUGUUUCACGUCAAGAUUCAACAGGGACUCUUAAGACAACCAUUUCCCUGGGUAAAAAUCCUUCCAUUGUACACAGUGGACCAUUUUACUUGAUGAAGGAACCCCCAGGAGAAAGUGAACUCACUGGGGCAACAAAUUUGAUGACCUAUUAUGGGCUAGAACAUUCUUAUAGUAAAUUUAGUGGGAAAAAACUAAAAGAACAACUUUCGUCAUUUCUUCCAAAUUUACCUGGAAUUAUAGAUAGACCUGGUCAUUUGGAUAAUAGUUCAUUAAGAUCUGUAAUUGAAAAGCCUCCAAUAGGAGGAAAAGAUUUAAUACCACUAACCAGUGUUCAGUUAGCUGGUUUUCGUUUACAUCCUGGUCCUCUACCGGAGCAAUAUCGUUAUGUUAAUCAAGCUCCACAAAGAAAACACAAAAAUAAACAUAAAAAACAUAAACAUAAACCAGGAGAAGUACCUAGUGGUCAAGAGGCAACAGCAACAGAUAUUGGCGGUUCAGAUACCCAUGAGAAAAAGCAUAAAAAACAAAAACGACACGAUGAAGAGAAAGAAGCUAGAAAAAAGCGUAAGAAAGAGAAAAAGAGAAAAAAACAAAAACACAGCCCUGAAUAUAGUGGUGGUCUAACACCAUCUCAGCAUUCCAACUCGUGAUCUUCAAUUUCACCUUUUCUGUUUAUAUCUAACAUUUGAUUUAACAUCACAAUUUUUGUAGAAACAAUUAAAUUUAUCUUUCUCAUUAAGAAUAACAUACGUGUAUAGGUAAUUAUCAUAUAGAAUAUAAGUUAUGAACAUAUUAUUUUUGAUCAAGGAAUUUUUCGAUUAUUAUGAAGUUACACAUACUAUAAAAUCGAUUUCCAUUAUUCGUGCUUUACAAAAUAUAUCUGAUUUGUGAUAAUAAAACUUUAGUCUUUCUUUUACCGUGUUUAAAGAUGUAAAAUUUUUUCCUUAGGAGAUUGUAUACUAUUAGUAUGUACCAUAGAAUCAAUGAUGUAUUUAUAUUUACAUAUAUAGGUACGAGACAUACAUGUUUCAACAUAUACUAUUCGAUUCAUUGAGUCUAUUAAUUUUUCACAAGCAAAAUUUAAUUUCAGCAAUAAAAAAUUUUGAUAAAAAAUUGCAAAUCCUUAUAAAUAUUAAUAAAUUUAGUUUAUUAAUAAAUUAUAAGGUAUAAACAUGGACGAAUUAGUAGUAUGAAAAUAUUGGUGUAUUACUGUUGAUGUAAAUAUUAUAUAUAUAUAAUAUAUAUAAUAUUAUAUAAAGAAGACAGUAGUAAUGUUACUGUAUUAAAUAUGUUUUUUAUAAUGAUUCUUAAAAUGCUAUCAAGUUCAAAGGCAAAACUAAAAUCAUGCAUUGUACUGAGAAUUUAAGAUAUAUGUAGCAUUAUGAUACGAAAUUAAUAAAAAAAUCAUGAAAUAUAAA